UUUUUUUUUUUUUUUCUCACUUCUUUUCUCGCAGACAAAUACACCAAUGUCAUUUGUUGAAACAGUCGAAUUAAAGCAUCGACGCUCUCACCUUUCACUCGAUAACACCAUUGAAUCAGCCGUCUUGAAGGAUGAUCCAUUAUGCUUGGAGAAACAAAAGAUGACGGAUGAUUAUAUAUCAAAAACAUUAAAGGGACGGAGAAAACUACAAAAAUUCUACAAGAAUCAAAACGAAUUGAUCGAUUCCAUGCUUACUGCCUUGGAUAAGAAUACUCAACAACAAGAAGAAGAAGAGACAAAACAAUUGCUCAAGUUAAAAAUUGCCAUCUAUGGCUCUGUUGUGGCCAACGUGCUCUUAUUUGUACUUCAGCUCGUUGCUGCCGUCAGUUCGGGUUCACUUUCGAUCUUUUCUACUAUGGCUGAUGCAUUUAUGGAUCUCUUGAGUUCAACUGUCCUGUUGUGGGCAUCGAGACAAGCCAAUAAAACAAAUUUGACAAAGUAUCCCGCUGGAAAAUCACGUAUGGAGUCAGUAGGCAUCAUCAUAUUCUCUUGCUUAAUGUCAUGUGUAGCCUUGUUUUUGAUUAUUGAGUCUGCUCAAAAGCUUGUGGAAAACGACCAUUCUCCCGACUUGACUUAUUUAGCCAUUGGAUUCGUAUCGUCAGCAUUAGCGGUUAAACUUUUGCUAUUCAUUUACUGUCAAUCGUUAUCUAAAUUCAAUUCCGCAAAGGUCUUGGCUCAGGAUCAUCGAAAUGAUUUGUUGGUUAAUAGUUUAGGAUUGACAACAGGUGUCGUAGGCAGCCGAGUCGCUCCAUGGGUCGAUCCAGUAGGCUCUAUCAUUAUUGCGCUGAUCAUUUUAUACAGCUGGGCAUCUACAUUAAUAGAGCAUAUUCCGAUGGUAGUUGGCAAAAGUGCGGAUACGCAAUUCUUAAACAUGAUUACUUAUAUUGCUUUGACACAUCCUGGAGUAACCAUGGUGGAUACAUGCCGAGCUUAUUACGCGGGCAACAAUCUAUUUGUGGAAGUCGACAUUGUCCUACCACCUACGAUGGAGUUACGUGAAUCACACGAUAUAGGUGAAGCAUUGCAAACUAAACUAGAGUCUUUGCCUGAUAUCGAGAGAGCCUUUGUCCAUGUGGACUAUGAAACAUCACAUAAGCCAGAGCAUCAGAAAUCAAAAUAACCUCAAACAGUCUUGGGGAGAAGUGUGAUUGACGUCGUUUUUUUUUUGUUGCCAAUCCAUAUAUGGGAUAAAGGGGAAA